CCGUGUCUUUUAUUCAGAGAGAAUCAUCAUCUCUCGCUCUCAUCUUCUACAAGUUUAAAAAACACCACGCCGUUCUCCGAAUUCAAACGUCGAUGAUCUGUCGUUUUCUUCGCUAGCGUAUGAAGAGAUGCCUAAUUUCUCAGUUAACGUUCCCCAGCUCUCAUCUCUUUACAGUACACCAAAAUUGAAACGAGGAGGCACGAAUAUGAAUCUAUGUGCCGAUCAAGUGUUCGACAAAAUGCUUCUGUGGAGAGAUAUGGCAACGAAGAUGAAGUUUCCUUUAUGUCCUGCUGCGGAAUUGCCUGGUUUGAGGAGAAGUAACAACAAGAGGAGAUCUAGAAGGAUGAUUAGUUGCAGAGCCGCCGGAGCUGACGGUGGACGCGUGGCUGUUGGUGACGACGUGUUCUCGGUUACUACUUCGUCUAAGUAUGAAGUUGACUAUCUCGGUCAAAGUACUAAGGGAGAUUUGAAUCUCAAGCUUGACCCACUUCAGUCCUUUGGAGAUGGCCAAGCUACAUUGGAAGGUCCAAUUGAGGAGGUAGCCAGAACAGAGGCUCAAGCCGCUGAAAAUUUGAUUAGAGAGUUGGGUAUCCAAGGUCCUUUCUCUGCGCAACACUCUCCUCGUGGUAUAUUUUGUAGUCGUACCUUGAAUCUACGGUCCAUUAGUGCAAUCGGAUAUGAUAUGGAUUACACUUUAAUGCACUACAAUGUCAUGGCUUGGGAAGGAAAGGCUUAUGACUAUUGCAUGGAAAAUCUAAAGAGCAUGGGUUUCCCUGUUGAUGGACUUGCUUUUGAUCCGGAACUGGUUAUCAGGGGUCUCAUGAUUGACAAAGAGAAAGGUAAUUUAGUCAAGGCCGAUAGAUUUGGGUAUGUGAAGAGAGCCAUGCACGGUACAAAGAUGUUAUCAAAUAAAGCUGUCAGUGAGAUAUAUGGAAGGGAGUUAGUAGACCUGCGGAACCAGAGUCGAUGGGAGUUUCUCAAUACAUUUUUUUCUGUUUCAGAGGCUCUGGCUUAUGCACAGAUGGUGGAUAGAUUGGAUGAUGGAUGUAUUUCGGCAGAUCUUGGCACACUUGAUUAUAAAGGACUUUACAAGGCUGUUGCAAAAGCUCUCUUCAGAGCACAUGUUGAAGGACAACUAAAGAGUGAAAUCAUGUCCAAGCCGGAACUGUUUGUGGAGCCAGACCCAGAAUUACCCUUAGCUCUUUUAGAUCAAAAGGAGGCUGGUAAAAAGCUCUUGCUUAUCACAAACUCAGAUUAUCACUACACUGACAAAAUGAUGAAGCACUCAUUUAACAAAUUCCUUCCCAAUGACAUGGACUGGCGAGAUCUUUUUGACAUGGUUAUAGUUUCUGCUAGGAAGCCAGAGUUCUUCCAGAUGUCACACCCUUUGUACGAGGUUGUGACUGGAGAGGGCUUGAUGCGUCCAUGCUUCAAGGCUGAAACAGGAGGUUUGUACUCGGGAGGAAGUGCUCAAAUGAUAGAGAGUUCACUCAACGUUCAUGGAGAUGAGAUUUUGUAUGUUGGUGACCACAUCUACACUGAUGUCAGCGUAUCCAAAGUCCAUCUCAGGUGGCGAACUGCACUGAUUUGCCGUGAACUGGAAGAAGAGUAUAAGGCUCUAAUUGGUAGUCGAGGUCACCGAGAAGAGCUAAUAGAGCUCAUAAAUCAAAAAGAGGUUGUUGGGGAUCUCUUCAAUCAGCUCCGGCUUGCUCUUCAAAGACGAAGCAAAGGCCGUCCUGCUCAGACCCUCGCUGCUACCAACUUGGAUGAUCAAGAACUGACAGAGACCAUGCAGAAGCUUCUUAUUGUAAUGCAAAGACUAGAUGACAAGAUUGGCCUAAUGCUGGAAUCAGACGGCGAGCUCUUCAACAAAAGGUGGGGCUUCCUCUCACGCGCGGGUUUGUGGGAUAAAAGUCACUUGAUGAGACAAAUCGAAAAGUAUGCUGAUAUAUACACAUCAAGAGUCUCCAACUUCCUCAACUACACACCUUUCAUGUAUUUCCGCUCACAAGAGCAGUCGCUGGCUCACGAUUCACCGCUUCAAGAUGCGGGUAUCGAAAACUAGCGAUUGUGCCCAAACUUGAGGCAACUAAGUUGUGUGUUGUAAUAUUUUCGGAAGCAAAACUGUGGAUAGAAAUGUAACCAUAGGCAAUUUUUUUAAGCUCAAAGACUAACUUAUGUAUAAAAUGUGUAUUCUUCUUCUCUGGAUUAAAGUUGAAGCUGGCUUUAGUUGGUAUGUUGCUGUUUUUUUUUUCUA